AUUCACUCCACUCUUCACACAUUUCUUAUCUCUCCACCCCCACAUGCAAAUUCCUCUUAUCUCUCUCUAUAACUCCCAAAUCACAUACAACAAAAUAUAACACAAACACUAUAGUAAAAUCAAUCAAUUUCUUUUUUCUUAUAACAAGAAUCAUUCCAUCCACAAAUUCUUGAAAAAAUUUACUCCCUAAAAAAUGUCCACCAACACUUUCAACUCCAUACACCAGCACUACCACCGCUCCCUGCGGCGGCGCCACUCCAUAGACUGCCCUCCCACCACCUUCUCCCUCCGCCCCAGAACCACCACCACCACCACCAGCCCCACCACCGCAACCUCCCUUUCCACCUCCUUCGCGGCCACCUCCGCCGCCACAAGCACCCCCACAACCAACCCCUCGACCUCUCACUCGACCUCCCUGGACCUCCUCCGCCACCACCUCGAGGCGAAGAACCUCCGGCAGGCCGACGAGGAGACGCGGCGCCUCAUCAUCGCCAUGGCCGGCGAGGCCGCCGUGAAGCGCGGGUACGUGUUCUUCUCGGAGGUCCAGUUCAUCCCGGCGGAGGAGCUCCGCGCCAUCGACGCGCUGUGGCGGCAGCACAGCGACGGCAGAUUCGGGUACAGCGUGCAGCGCAAGAUUUGGAAGAAAUCGAAGAAGGAUUUCACGAAUUUUUUCAAAAAAGUGGGGUGGAUGAAGAAGCUGGAGGGGUCGGAGGUGGAGCAGUAUAACUACCGGAGCUUUCCGACGGAGUUCGUGUGGGAGAUGGAGGAGGGCCCGCCGGAGGGCCACCUGCCGCUCACGAAUGCGCUGCGGGGGACGCAGCUGCUCAACUGCAUUCUCACUCAUCCGGCGUUUGAUGGAGAUGAAGAUGAAGACCAAGAUGAAGAUGAAAACCAAAAUCAGGAGAGAGAGAGGGACAUGAAACCGUUGAGUAAGAGAGGGACUGCCUUCCAAACUAACUACUCUUUCUGAGCACUCAUAAAUUAAUCAUCAUGUGUUUCUAUCUUUCUUUUUCUUUUCUUUUUUAAAUAUAUAAGGUUUUAAAUGUUAAUGGAUUCAAUAAAUUGAUUGGUUUAAUUAA